CGGAUCGUAAUGUGUAGCUCUUCUGUAAAGAUACAUAGGACACUGCGGCACGGUGUUGAGUGCAGGAAAUUGAAGAGAUCGAAUUAAAAGAAGAUAAGCAGCGGGGGUUUCCCUAGCGCGAGGGUUGAAUCCGGCAUUUGCGGAUAUAUAAGACCGACGAAGUCUGUUCAGUGUCACUCGCCGGCCUUUAACAAUUCCAAUAGCUUCGCCUUCUCUUCGCCGUACUAAUCAGUCAUGUUGAACUCGUCGAACCGAAUGAUCGUGCUGCUCGUCAUGAUUUUCGUCGUUCUCUGCUUGACGACAUCUGUAACUGAUGCCGAGCGAAAUAUCGUCUGUACAAACCGGCUUUGUACAGGUGUCUGCCUUAGAAAUUGCGCUCAAUGCGAAAAGAUGUACGACAAGUACUUCAUGGGGCAGAAGUGCGCGGAUUUUUGCGUAAAGUACAAGGGAAAGCUUAUUCCAGAUUGCGAGGACGAGAUUUCCAUUCGUCCUUUCCUUCAAACGCCCGAGAAUGACUAUUAAUCCUCGCUAGAGGAACGCUCUUCGACUCUUUCAUUUUCAUUCUCGCGUUAUUAAGCCAAGCCACGCGCAAAUUGUAUACCGUAUAGAAAAAAAAUGCGAAUUUGGAUCUGAAUUUAUUUAUGCCACGCGCUAGAAUUUGUUUGUUAGACGAUAAUGUGUGUGCAAUUUAUUAUUAUAAAAGUUGUGAAGAUGCAUCGCUAUAUAGUCGUGACUAUAUAAUAGUUCAAAAAUAUAAAAGUAUAUGAAUGAAUUACAAGACGGAUCCUUCGACACUGCAACCCACACAGCGGAAAUGUUCAAGAUCACAUCACAGAGAUAUCCUAAAAAUAUCGUGAACUUUAGAAUAUAUAUGAUAUAUUUUUGUGAUAUAUUUUAGAUAUUUCUGCUGUGAAGAAGCUGUCGU